CGCGGCGCCUUCCUCCAAUCGCUGCUGCGUUGCGGCUGACGUCAGUGUAUGGCGGGAAACGGCUGCGAACUAGGCGAGCAGAGUGUGUGCUGUUCAUCAUCAUGGCAGUGCCUUUUGUAGAAGAUUGGGACUUAGUGCAAAUCCUUGGAGAAGGUGCUUAUGGAGAAGUUCAACUGGCAGUGAACAGACGCACCGAAGAAGCAGUUGCAGUGAAAAUUGUUGACAUGAAGCGUGCCAUAGAAUGCCCAGAACAGAUUAAGAAGGAGAUCUGCAUCAACAAAAUGUUGAGUCAUGAGAACAUAGUGAAGUUUUACGGCCAUCGGCGAGAAGGCACUAUUCAGUAUCUCUUCCUCGAAUACUGCAGUGGAGGGGAGCUGUUUGACCGAAUAGAGCCUGAUAUAGGGAUGCCUGAAGCAGAAGCACAGAGGUUUUUUCACCAGCUUAUAGGUGGUGUGGUCUACCUACAUAGUCUAGGAGUAACACAUCGGGAUAUUAAGCCUGAGAAUCUGUUGCUGGAUGAAAGAGAUAAUCUCAAAAUAUCUGACUUUGGCCUUGCAACUGUGUUUAAAUACAAUGGACGUGAGCGAUUGUUGAACAAGAUCUGUGGCACGCUGCCAUACGUUGCCCCCGAGGUCCUUAAAAGAAAGGAAUUCCAUGCGGAGCCAGUUGAUGUUUGGUCUUGUGGAAUAGUACUCACUGCCAUGUUGGCAGGAGAAUUACCAUGGGAUCAACCUAUUGAAACUUGCCAAGAAUAUUGUGAUUGGAAAGAACAGAAAUCAUAUCUUGCACCAUGGAAGAAGAUUGAUUCCUUGCCACUGGCUUUGCUUAUCAAAAUAUUAACUGAAAACCCUGCGUCCAGACUGACCAUAGCAGACAUUAAAAAAGACAAAUGGUACACAAAACCUUUACAAAAAGGCAUAAAACGGUCUCGAAUCUCCACAGAACCCUCUGAUUCUCCAGGUGUUUUUUCGAAGCACAUUCGGUCAGAUACUGACUUCUCUCCAGUGAAAGAGACACACGGUGAGGAGAGAAGGACCUAUUCCAAUUCUCAGCCAGAACCUGGCACUGGCCUAUCCUUUUGGGACAAUAGCCCUGCUAAUAUUGACAAGCUAGUGCAAGGUUUCAGCUUCUCCCAACCAGCCUGUCCUGAACACAUGCUGCUGAACAGCCAACUAUUGGGCACUCCAGGCUCCUCCCAGAAUCCAUGGCAGCGCUUGGUGAAGAGAAUGACCCGGUUCUUUUUGAAGUUGGAUGCGGAACAAUCAUAUGAGAUCCUGAAAGAGGUUUGCGAUAAGAUGGGUUAUAUCUGGAAGAAAGGCUGCACAAACCAGGUUACCAUAUCAACAACUGAUAGGAGAAACAACAAACUGAUUUUCAAGGCAAACUUAGUGGAAAUGGAUGAGAAAAUUCUUGUGGACUUCCGUCUUUCUAAGGGCGAUGGUUUGGAGUUCAAGAGGCAUUUCCUGAAGAUCAAGGGGAAACUGGUUGACGUUGUCAGUGCGCAGAAGUUGUGGCUCCCAGCCACAUGAUUGCACUGUUUUUUGGGAAUGGAUCCAUCAUUAUUCUGCCAAGGGACGGUUAUUCUAGCCAUGCCCUGACUUUUAGAUAAUUCAGUGGAACUCUCUUUCAGUUUUCAAAUGACAGCUGUACAAACAAUGUUCAUGUGUUGCUGGAUAGCGACUGGUAUGAGUUUGGCAAAGAGAGAUGUGCCAGGAUACAUCACCAUCAACAAUCAUGUUGCAUUCUUCUGGGUUUUUGGCUUGAUUUUUUUUUGGCAAUGUGAUUUUUUUUUUUCUUGAGUCAUCUUGACCUCGAGGCUUGACUAUUUUUUUUUCCAAAGUGCAAAAUCAAACAAACAAUAUCUGGGUGGUUUGGGGAGUCGAGUCUUUUGAAGAGUAACAAUCGCAGCAUUUUUUGAAAUCUAAACAACCAUUUAAAAAAAAUCUGAAUGUGAUUGGGACUGAGGAACGGAUCCAGACGGAGGUCCUAAUCACUUUCUGUCGCUGAUGACUUGCUGAAUGAAGCAAUUCAGUUCUAGUGUUUUGCUUUCGAUAUUGACUUACUUUCCUCUAAAGAAAACAUAAAAUAGUGAGCCAUUUUAAUACUGUUUAUUUCUCACUGAUAUGUUUUCAGGGAUUAUCUCUUCCCCCCUCACACUCCAAAUACACUCAUUAAGCCUUUGGAAUAGAAACAUGCGGCGAAGUGAGAAGGAUAAGCACCCCUUUCCAUCCCAUCACUUUCUCUUAAUUUCCCAUACAGGUGUGAAAUACAGGUUAAUAGUGCCUUAGUUCUUUCUUGAACAGGUGACAACCAUGUGUCUUAACUGUGAUUAUGCAUCAGUGAAAAAUAAGGUGAGUCAGAAGCCUUUAUUUUUUUGAGAAUGCUUCUGACUGAUUUAGUUUUUAAAGUGUUUGUAGAAGAAAAUAAUAAUAAAGUGCAAAUAAAAAACAAAUGA